AUGCUAACUCCUGAUGGUAUUAGUGACUCCAUAAAGAAGUUUCAAGAACGAGAUAUAACCGAGAAUGAGGAUUACCUAGUUUUACUGCAGCAAAGAGAUAUUCUCGAGAAAAAGCUUUUAGAUAGACGAUUCUUAGCUAAACAACUACAAUUGCUAUAUCACCAGCUAGACAAAACACAUAAUUACCAAGAGUUCGUGGAUGUCCUUAUGAAUAAUAGAGAGUUAUUGAGAAAUAUUUUCACAUUAGAAGGCCAUUUGAAGAGAUCAAAGUACUCAGUCAAUUUGGAUGUAGAGAUCGAUUGGCAAAAAUUUGGACUAGAUAUAAUGGAAUACAUUACUAAUGACGAUAAGUUAUUGGCCUUGUAUAACGAUGGAUUGCUAUAA